GCAACGUAGCUACUGAAUGUGGGGCUGUUUGCUGGGGCUGCGGCUGAAGCUGCAUUGCCGCUGGACUCCGCUCCGCCGCGCCAUGUCCCGGGGCCCUGCUCUGCCGCGCCGGCCCCAGCCGCCUAAGGACCCUUUGCGGCACCUGCGGGCCCGGGAGAAGCGGUGGAGCUCGGAGUUGGGCGCGCCCGGACCCAGCAUCGUCUACGUGCAGGUCGUGGCGGCUGGGAACCGGGACUCGGGCGCCGCGCUCUACGUCUUCUCCGACUACAACCGAUAUCUCUUUAACUGCGGGGAAGGGCUCCAGCGCCUUAUGCAGGAACACAAGUUAAAAGUAGCUCGUUUAGACAACAUCUUUCUGACCAGAAUGAACUGGGCGAAUGUUGGUGGUUUGUCUGGAAUGAUUCUCACCUUAAAGGAAACGGGGCUCCCAAAGUGUGUUCUCUCAGGGCCACCGCAGCUGCGAAACUACCUGGAAGCUAUCAAAGUGUUUUCUGGGCCACUGAAAGGAAUAGACCUGGUUGUGCGGCCACAUACAGAGCCCGAGUAUAAGGAUGAGACGAUGACCGUCUAUCAAGUACCUCUUGUGGGAAGGCAUUUAGCCAGUGAGCACAGGCUGCAUCAGAGUCCUGAAAGGUCAGUCCAUGGUGGAGUCAGCCGCAAAUAUGCCCCAGAGCCUGGAUCUCCCACCGCUGAGCAGCAGUGUCCAGAAGGUGACAAGAAUAGAGAAGCCCCGAAGAAAACAGAUGGCAACAGGAGAGUUGGCAGCAGAGACCCGACCCUGGUGGUGGCUUUCAUCUGUAAACUUCACCCAAAGAAGGGAAACUUCUUGGUGGCCAAAGCAAAGGAGCUGGGCCUGCCAGUUGGGACAGCAGCCAUUGGCCCCAUCAUUGCGGCUCUCAAAGAUGGGAAGAGUGUCACGUUCGAAGGCAGAGAGAUCCUGCCCGAAGAGGUCUGUACCCCUCCUGAUCCAGGCCCUGUGUUCAUUGUAGUGGAAUGUCCUCAUGAAGGCUUUGUGGAUGCCGUCUGUGAAAAUGACACGUUCCGCAGGUACCAAGAAGGGAAGGCUGAGGGUCACGUGGCCUUGGUUAUUCACAUCACCCCAGAGUCAGUGCUUCGAGACAGCCGGUACAAACAGUGGCUGGAAAGGUUUGGACCCACAACUGAACACUUGAUACUUAAUGAAAAUGCAAACACUGUGCACUGUCUCCGCAGCCACAAGAUUCAAACCCAGCUGAACCUCAUUCACUCAGAAAUCUUCCCACUGCUAACCAGCUACCAGAGUCGGGAAGAAGAGGCCACUUUCAGCGUUCCUGUUGUGCGGGGAGAGUGCCUCCUGAGAUACCAGCUGAGACCCAAACCGCAGUGGCAGAGGGAUGUGGUUGCUGUCUGCAAUUCCAGUGAAUUUGUGGCUGAAGCCCUGAAGCUCCCUGGCUUCCAGGACCGUGUGAAGGAGUGCAGAGAGAGCCUGCAGGCUGGGCCAGUCAGGUCAGGUAAAACUGAGAAUUACCCAGAAAUCGUUUUCCUAGGAACAGGCUCUGCAAUUCCAAUGAAAAUCCGGAACGUCAGCUCCACCCUGAUAAAUAGCAGCUCUACCCAGGCACUGCUCCUGGACUGUGGGGAGGGAACGUUUGGCCAGCUCUGUCGCCACUAUGGGGACCAGGUGGACAAAAUCCUGUGCAACAUAGCAGCUGUGUUUGUCUCUCACAUCCAUGCCGAUCAUCACACAGGCUUGUUGAACAUUCUGCUGGAGAGACAGCGAGCAUUCGCAUCCCUUGGUCAGCCAUCAAGCCCGCUGCUGCUGAUAGCGCCCACGCAGAUCAUGUCAUGGCUACACCAGUACCACGACAACUGCCAAGAGAUUCUUGGUCACAUCAAUAUGAUUCCUGCCAGGUUUCUGGUGGAAGGGGCGAAAGUCAACGGACCUAAAGCCGAAGCUCUCAUUAGCCCAAUGCUGGAGAAGUAUGACUUUGCAGAGUUCCAGACAUGCGAGGUCCGGCACUGUAAAAAUGCCUUUGCUUGUUCGAUGGAACACACAUCUGGCUGGAAAAUAGUCUAUUCUGGUGACACGAUGCCCUGCGAGGCCUUGGUCCGAAUGGGAAAAGAUGCUACGCUGCUGAUCCAUGAAGCAACGUUGGAGGAUGGCUUGGAAGAAGAGGCAGUAGAGAAGACGCAUAGCACGACGUCCCAGGCGAUUGGGGUUGGGAUGAAGAUGAAUGCAGAAUUCAUCAUGCUCAAUCACUUCAGCCAGCGGUACGCCAAGAUCCCGCUCUUCAGUGCAGAUUUCUCUGACAAGGUUGGAAUCGCAUUUGAUCACAUGAGGGUGUGUUUUGGGGACUUUGUGACCAUCCCUAAGCUGAUCCAGCCCCUGAAGGCUCUGUUUGCUGAUGAGAUCGUGGAAAUGGAGGAGCGGAAGGAGAAGCGGGAGCUACGCCUGUUGAGAGAGGCUAUUGUAGCUUCAGAGAAGCUGAUGGACAGUGAGAACAAGGCUAGCAAGUCGAUCGCGGCCUCCAAGAAACGGGAACAUGCAGAGAACCAUCAGGAAGGGCCGAGCAAGAAGCUUAAAACAGCAAACUGAGCCAAGCGUGUGAAAGAAAGUGGCUCUGAGCAGCUUUGGGGAGUGUGGAGUGCUGCAUACCUCCCCAAGUGAGGGCAUGGGGUGCCAGUGGUGAUGGGCUGGUGAUGCCUGCAACUGCUACAUGGGCAGGGUUCCCCCUUGUGCUGAUGUUACCAAGUAUACAGUAAGAAGUGACAAGGUCUCUGGCCCAUGUCAGCACAUGCAAUUCAUGUUUCUCGCUGGUGCUACCAGCCAUCUGUCAACUUCCAGCUGCCUUUCUUCCCUCAAGUGUUUUUAUUUAUUUUUUUGGUUUUAGACUGGAAGCUGUUGUGUGUAACAGCGGUUGUGAUGACAGGAAGUCGCUGAAGGUGAGGUCCACAAAACCCCCAUGGGGCCGUGGAAUCUCCCAGAGUACAUUAGGAAAGCCCCUGCUUACAAUUGUGGGAAUGUAACAAUGUAAAUAAGGGUCUGAUCCCAGAUGAUAAGAUGAGGUAAUUCCACAAUAAAAUAGGACCCUAUUAACCGUUUAUUUUGGAGCUCGAGCUUCACUGGGCUUGAACACAGGAAUCUCGAGUAAUUUUGCAGUGUUCAUCUUUAUUACUAUGGCUUUCUCAAUUUGAUUCUAUGAGUUCUGCUAGUGAGCAGAUCCUUGCAGAUGUGAUCUCUUCAUAGUGCUGAUCUGAACAAAACAAACUGGGAAUAGCUGAGUAUGACCCUGAUCCUAAAUUGCUGUCGUAGCCCUGCUGGAAAGACCAGAAUCUCUCAUGUUCUUGAGCUAUGCGUAGGGAUUCAUGCCCCCUCUAGCAUUACUCGGUAUCACUUGAGUUCAGGGAAAAUAAUCUUCCUCUGCCACACAAUCAGCUCAUUUUGUUAAUGUAAAUAAGGAGCUGAUACCAAAGUUGGAUGCUUCUCCUCUAGUGCUCCAAGGGGUAGAGACUGAAGUGCUAAGUAGGACAGCAUUGCUGAAAAGCUUUCCUCAAUCAGAGGGCCACAGGGCUGGUUAGACACCAAAGGACUGAGUCCCAUCCAGCUGAUCAAGUACUGGAUAAGGGGAAAGGGAAGGUUCACAAGUGAACUAACAUAACAGAGGGUGUGCUGCUGAGAGAACAGCACUCUGCUAACCAGUGGAACAAUUUACCAAGGGCCAUGAAGGAUUUUCCAUCACUGACAACUUUUAAAUCAAGAGUGGAUCUUUUUAAAAAAAAGAUUCUUUAGUUCAAAGGGAAUUAUUCCGGGGGGGUUCUGUGACCUGUGCUCUAUGGGAGGUCAGACUAGAUGAUCACAGUGGCUCCUUCUGACCUUGGAUCUCUGAAUCUGAUGUGUCAAACUAGUGGUGUUCCUUGCUCAGCUGUGUGGUUACUGCAACAGUUGCAAGUGCAUUUAUGGGGAGACCCUGCUUAACUGUCUGGCUUAAUCAGAAGUUUUUUUUCUUGUACCGAACGCUAAUUUUAGGCAACUAAUCCUACAUGAGAGGUUUGCUCAAGAAAUGGUGGUAGCAAAGCUUUAAGAAUGUUAAAUCUUCAGUCAGAGUGAAAAUUGAGACAAAUUGGCUAAAUAACAAAUCAUUUGUGGUUUAGUAGGGCUGUAACAUCUACAGAGGGAAGCUAUACUGACAAGUACAAUCCAAUACUGCAAAAAGUCACGAGGCUUUGAGACCCUGUGACACUUAGAGCGUCUUUGUUCAUUGCUCUGAAUUCUGAUAUAACCUAAUCCCUGUUAUCAUUUAUUUAUCUCCUAGGAAUGCAACCCUGUGUAGUGUAAAAUAGCUGCUGUUUAACAAGGCACAGUGACAACACACUAGUAAGAAGUCUCCCAGAACUGUUUUAGGUAAAGCUAUUACUAAAAUGCAGGCAAAGAAGUACUUGGAAAAUCUGAACCCGUCCAGUGCAGUAACUCUCCACAUGAGGGUAGGAAUUGUUUCACAAGUCUGUAGAGCUAUUGCCAACAAGUCAUUAAUAAAUGGAGGGAGUGAAUAAGAAUAGAAAAAAAACCCAUGUGCUGUACUAGUCUUCCACACUGAGGCAACAGCAAUCCUGGCUCUUUACCAAUGCUAAUUACUUAGUGAAUUAAUGGAAAAGUUACUCAGUACCCUCUGGGAAGCUAUGCAGGGGUGGGUAGGGCCAAAGAUACAGUAUUGUCAUUCUAAUUGCAAAGUUAAGAGGCAUGUCUUGUGGUGCACAGGUGAAUUGCUCUGGCUGGAGAUUGGCCAGGGCCGCAGGGCUAACUGCUUCCCCAGCGUGAGAUUGCCCUCUUGUUCCUCACUUUGAAAUGGGGGCUGUUACCCCCACACAGAUACAAAAGUAAGUGAUGUGCCUGUGGAACAUUUUCUCCCUGCUGCUACACCUGUCACUUCUGCCUAACACACAGCAGCGCCUGUCUAGAAGCACAGCUAGCUUCUGUCCAUGCUGCCCACAUAAAGAAACCUGCUGCCUUCUUUCCCCAUGCUCAGCACUGCUCUGCAGCAAUGGCUGGCACAAUCUAGGCUCCUCACUAGGCUGGGAAGCCCUGUGUCCCUCCCAGCCAGGGGCUACAUGUCCCAGAUCGGCCCUCUGGCUCUGGGAGUCUUACAGGAAAUGGGGCUUUAUGCUGGUUUUGGAAGACCCAGCAACAUGCCCCACAACAAGCUGCUGGCUGAGGUGGUACCACUGCCCCAGGCAGAGUGAGCACGUGCACAGUAGGGACCAGCUCCAGCGGACAGCAUUACAUAAGAGCCAAGACCAAAGGUCCAUCUAGCCCACUAUCCUGUCUGCCGACAGCGACCCAUGCCAGGUUACCCUGAAGGGAAUUAACAGAACAGGUAACACUGCUCUACAGCCAAAAUGCUUCUGAAAUAAAUGUAGUCAAAC